AAUCAGUUGCAACUUUCACGCCAAUUUGAUUCAUCGUCGGGGAGAUCUCCUAGUGGAGGCAUAGCAUAGGGCUUUCUCCUCUCCCAUCGCUCGGCCGGUCCAAUGGCCACUGACUCUUCCUGCCCCGUCGAGUUCUUCCACCGCGGCGGCGGCGACGGCCAAUGGUGCAGCCUCGGCGCCGCCUACGCCGCCGUCCGGGUCCUCCGCCCGCAGGGCCACUCCCUCGUCAUGUACACCGGUCCCGACGACCAGCCCCACCAGCGGAUCCUCUUCGCAUACCCGAUCCUCCCUGGCGACGCCUUCGAGAGGCUGGACGGGUCCACGCUCUCCUGGGCGGGGCAAGGCUCCGGCGAUGAGUUCGCUCUCUGCUUCCGCGACGAGGCCGCCUGCGCAGCGGUCUGCGGCGCCAUCUCCCCGGUGACGACGGCGCUUGCAGCCCUGGACGACAUCGCUGACAGGCUCGAGGGGUUGCGAGUGGCCGCGGCGGAUGGGGGCGCCACCGCCGCCGGAGGGGACAUCGCUUGUCGGCUCGCACAGCUUAGCUUAGCCCGCGGGCCAUGAACUGGGUUACCCGGAGAAUUGAAACCAGCCAGAUCAAGUAGGUUUUUGCCAUAACACCGUCGUGUUGGUUGAAUCAACUCUAUACUACUCACUCUGUUCCGAAUUACUUGUCUCGGAUAUGGAUGUAUCUAGAACUAACAUACAUCUAGAUACAUCCAUUUCUACGACAAGUAAUUCCGAACGGAGGGAGUAGUAAUAAAAUUCUGCAAACUUUUCUUCAGCAGUUUACAUCGCUUUGUUCCAAAACUGCAAUUGUUAACGCAACAGAUGGAAAGAUUGCAGACUA